GCGGCGGAACGGGGAGACUCCGGAACUGGAAGUGGAAGGACCUUCUGCCGGGAGCUCUCCGGACUCAAUUAGGUGCUACCCAGUCUGGUUACCCUGGUAACAGGCGUCGCGGUUUGUCAAGAAACGGAGAGACUUAAGAGGCCUAUUCACCUCAAUCAUGGAGUCAUCCUCAAACGGUCUGCUUACCCAAGUUACUCAAUUCUGGAACCUACUAGAUGAUCUGGCUGAAAGUAACCCUGAGAGCUACAAGAACUUCAUUCAACAGCAGCUGAAAGAGGGCAAACAGCUUUGUGCUGCCCCAGAACCACAGCUCUGUCUACAAACAAGAAUCCUGAAACCUAAAGAGAAAACACUUUUUAUCAACCUAUGUCAAUGGAAAAGGAUUCCAGCUCCCCAAUCAAUCACUCAUCCAGUACCUCUGAGUGUUGGCAGACCAGAAGAUAUGUCUGAAACAUCAGAUGUUUACACGGUCAUCGAUGUUGCCUACAAUCCUGAUGUUCUCCAGGCAGCAGAAAAGGACCAAGUGAAAAGAGAUCAGUUAAUACAGAUGGCCAUGAAAUGCGUUGAGGAACAACUCCAGGUCACUCUCUCACACGUUUACCAUAUUACCAAAUUUAAAAUAAAAGGAAGCAUUCAAAGGAUGAAACAAAACCUGAUGGGAAUCCAAACUGGCCCCACAGAUUUAAAAGAAAAAAUGAGAAAAGAACUAACCCUUGAGCAGAUAAGAAGCAGUACUCUGAGCGAUUCAGAUCACUUCCCUCAACUUUUACUACCAAAAGACCAAGUUUCAAGCAAAAAAGGGUGCCUGAUAGAAGAGAUUUCCAGUACAGAGAUCCAGGUGGAGAUGAAGAGACCAGCCUAUGAAUUAAAAAUUGUGGCAGAUCAGAAUGAGAAACCACUGAAAAUUGAAUUAAAAGUUGAAUUACCUGGUGUUAAUUCAGUAUCUCUCUGUGACCUUAGUGUUUCUGAGAAUGAUUUAUUGAUUGAGGUCUCUGAGAAGUACCGAUUGCAUCUGAAUCUUCCAGAAUCUGUGGAUACUGAAAUGACUACAGCAAAAUUUAUCAAAGAGAAAGCUACAUUGAUCAUCACAAUGCCAUUGAAAGGAAGAGAGAGCGAUAGAAACAUCAAUGAUGAGAAUCAUUGCUCGGCUGCCUCCGGCAUGCCCCCUACCAGGGGCUCCAGCUCGCAGCAAGCCGAGCAAUGUGCCCUUGAUUGGAAUCAAACCCCAGACCCUUCAGUCCACAGGCCAACGCUCUAGCCACUGAAGCAAACCAGCUAGGGCAAAACAUAAUUUUCUUAAACCUAACCUGGAUUUGAAUCCUUCUAGCAAUAUGAUAA